AUGCCUCUACUCGAACUACCUACCGAGAUCCACAUACAAGUACUUUCGACUCUGUCGCUGGCAGACAUGCGCGUCAUGAUGCUCGUCAGUGCUGGGUGGCACCACUUAAUAAAGACCUUCCUUACUCGCAAACUCCAUAUCGGUCUCCUUCCAUACGUCGACGACCCUCCAGCCUUCCAAGACACCAUGCGUCGGACACACUCCGUUAUCUCUGGAUCCUUCGCGCUCGACUUCGCGCUACACGGUACUACACGCCCACCCUUCGCCGUUUCCGACCUUGACGUCUAUUGUGGUGUCGCCAAUGCCAUAACAGUCAUCGAAUAUCUCCGCCACAAGGAGAGUUACUUAGCUAUUCCACUCGCAUUUUUACCUUGCGUGCACUGGAUCGACGAUUACGACGGUGGGAUCGCGACUGUUGUUCGUAUGCUGCAUCCACGAGGCUCCAAGAUCGAUAUCAUAUGCAGCUCCAGAAUUUCUGCUCUACAUCCUCUCAGUUAUUUCUGGAGCACGGCGGUGAUGUCGUUCUUGACAGCAGAUGGUUUUUGCUCUGCCUACCACUCCCUCACCGAGCGAGGCAUCUCAUGUAUCAAUCCGUCUCGGGAAGUCACUCCCCGCGUCAAGCGGUGCAUCAAAAAGUACGAAAUGAGGGGUUUCCUUAUCGAUGACUUCGGCAUAAAUCAGACUGCUCCACACACCACUCAUGUUCUUGACACGGACGAUGCUUGUGCAACGCCACCGCAGAAUAAUGACGACUAUCAAUGGAACUGUCCUCAUGUCACACGACGAUUUAGUGAUGCUGGCUCCCUGCACCUAUCUUUCGGGAUGCAGUUGGGUGCUACUUCAUCUUCAUUGCCGUUCCCUUUCGAGGAGCCAGAAUGGAUCAUGGGGGGUAAAAAGUGUGCCGGAUGUGAAAGGAUAUCGGGUGGUGGUGUACUGCCCUACGCGCCUCACUUUUGA